AUGAACAAUCGAUCCAAGGUGCAGCUAUCCCGUCUAGCACAUGUAUACUUCGAGCACCCAGAUCUGGAAGAAUUUGAAAAGUUUGCGAUCGAUUUUGGCUUUGUCGAAGCAAAACGUAGUGAAAACACCACCUACCUGCGUGGAUAUGGCAGAGACCAGUACGUCUAUGUUGCAUCCAAAAGCAUGGACGGCAAAGCUCAUUUCCGAGGUGCUGCUUUCGUCGCAGCAUCUGAGGACGAUUUCAACAAAGCUCGUGAACUGCCGAACGCGGUAGCUCAGACCCUUGAAGAUGCCCCAGGAGGAGGAAUCAUGGUAACAUUAAGCCGUCCAGAAAAUAUGUUUCUGCAUAUCAUUUAUGGCCAGGCUGAGCGAGAUGUCCCAGGCGAUAGCACGUCGGCGGUCGCUUCAGGCCUUCAGGCCUCUUUCAAUACUCCGUUUCAGAAACGCAGAAGAGGGGUAUUUCAGAGACCCCAUGACGGUCCCGCUCUCGUGCACAAGCUUGGACACUUCGGAUACAAUUGCACAAAUUUCGACACUGAGCUUGAAUUCUACACAUCAAACUUCAACUUGGUUCCGUCGGACAUUCUCUACCAUCCAGGGGACCCUAGCAAGGACGUGAUGGUGUUCCUGCAUCUCGAUCAAGGCGAGAUCUUCUCAGACCACCACUCAUUCUUCAUGUCGCGGGCUUCACCCGAUGUCAGAAAGACAUAUCUUCAUCAUACCUCGUAUGAGGUGACUGACUUUGACACUCAAUUGAUGGGUCACCAGUGGUUAGCAAAGAGAAAUUGGAAGAGUGUCUGGGGAGUUGGACGACAUAUCCUUGGAAGUCAGAUUUUUGAUUACUGGCAGGACCCUAGUGGGUUCAAGAUCGAGCACUAUGCCGAUGGCGAUGUCGUUAAUGAGGCGACUCCAGUGCGUAGGGAUGCUGCAGGGCCAUUUUCAAUAUGGGGUCCGGAGAUACCGCAUGAUUUUGGCCAAGAUAGUACAGAGACGAUGUUGGACAAAUAG